AUGCUUAAUGAAUUAGUCGUAUUUAUUUAUAUUCUUUCCAAGUUUGCGAUUUGUAGACUAGAUUCCCAAGAUUUCAAAGUAGUAAUAGAGUCUGGUAAGAAUCUUGUGGAAAGAAAUUUGUCAAGUUUAAAGCAGGAAUCAAAUAAAGAAGUUGAAAAAUAUCAAUUUAAUAAUCAUGACAAAUGUGUAGUAGUUAAAUACCAAAAUACGCCAUUCUGGGAAUUGGAAGAUCAAUACCCCAGAGCAUUGAUAUUGUUGGAUAACGAAGUUAAAAUUGAAUGUGAUGAAAAUUGUUACUAUAAGUAUGUAUAUUCUAGUGGUAAUUUCAAGUUAAAGUCAUGCAAAAAACCCAUCGAAAAAUCAAAAGAACCACCCGAAAUUAAGGUGGAUUGUGCAAAUUAUAAACUGUUUUCAUACUAUAAAGAGGAACCGCCUUUGAAAACUAUAUAUUAUUUCAACUCAAUGUGUACAGAGAUUUUGUAUAAUCAAAACACCUUGUGGAAAUCAGACGGUUCAGAGUAUCCAAAGUCAAUGAAUUAUAGAGAAAAUAAAAUCGUCUUAACCUUUGAUGAUAAUAUAAUUGUAUAUAAGAAGGAAGGAGGUGUUUGGAACUCUACCACAACAACCUUGUCUGAUAUAGAUACUAAAUCAUUGAGGGGUUCAGUGGAUCCAUCAGAAGAUCAAAAUACCAAAAAUAAAAAAGAUAAAUUCUUAAGGUCUGAAACUAUUGUAGACGCACUCGCACUUGUUUUAAUAAUCUCGAUUCUCUCGAUGAUUAUUGUAGUCUUGAUUCUUGUAUUGUCCUAUGGAUUUACAUUUUUAUCAAACAAAAAGGCCAAGAAAAUGACCCAAUUGGCGCCAAUUGAAGAAGUAAUGACAUAUCACUGA